UCGCAAAUUUUGCAUCAAAAAAUCGAAUCUCGACGCAGAAAAAUGGUCCAGUUUUUAACUCGCUGCUAAAAGUGUUGAAAAAGUGCAAUUUUUCUCGCCAAUAUGGCUUAAUUUGCGUGCUCGUAGUGCUCGGUGGCAAUUAUGAAGUGGCAGCGCGAAUCUUCGCCAUCGGAAGUCCCACUUUAAAGGGUAAAAUCAGUGCUCUCGAAACAAAGGGAGGGCAAAAACGCAGUUGUGUUACGGUUUCGGAAGUGGGGAAAAAUCGAUACCUUCUCGAUUUUCGCUAGGCCGUGAAAAACGGGCCAUUUUUGGGCUGUUGGGUGGGAUUUUGGUAAUUUGCCACUCUGUUCAGGAUGGAGGUGGCCGUUUUGAAACCGGAAAACCCGGAAGACCUUCGAGGAAACGGCAACAACAACAAUAACAAUGGUGCAAUGGCCAGUUGUGACAAACUGCUGGAGGACGUGAGCCCGGUGGCGGCUGCGGCCGUCAUGACAAGUAGCGUGGCCAGCCUGUUGGACGAUACGACUCCCAGCGAUUCUGGCAUCCAGCUGCUGGAUUCCGAGUCCAGUGGCGGGUUGAACGAGUCGAUGAUCUCCAGCGCCGGGGGGUUUGACUUUGCCGAGCUGCAGAACAACAACAAAAUGGCCCUGGACAGUCCGGUGAAGGAGGAAGACCUCGGGAAGUUUGUCGAGAUUGACAUCCAGCAGGGGGAGAAGGAAGAGGUGGUGCCGGUGGCCACCGCCGAAGAGGUUGAGCAAGCCAUCAGCCAGGUGCCGGACGAGAUGGUGUCGAGCACCUGUUCGACGUUCGACACGGAGAACAUCGUGUACCGGCGGAGGGCGAAGAAAGUGGUUCCGGCGGCAAAUAAGACCCCGAAGAAGCGGGUUUCGUUUCAUGAAGAUAUUUUGAAAAAUACCAAAACGGAUAACAUUCACAUUGAGCAUGGGUUCAUUACGUACAAAUCGGGUGCGAGCAAGAACAAGCAGCAGAUUGGGGGCAAGGGCGGAAGGUACUCGUGGUGCACGGAGUACGGCGCUGGUGGUGACGAUGAUGGGUACGAUCUUGGGGAUGAGGACUCGGGCGAGAACCGGCAGUACGUGUACAGGAAUGCGUGCUCGGACGUGCUGGAUUAUGGCAAAACGGACGUCUUCGAGAACAUCGAGGACGAAAAGCACUACGUCAAGUACGACAACUCGGGCGUGUUCGAGUACGGCCCACCAACGGCCGCGGAACAUCGCCAGCAGCAACAACAACAACAACAGCAGCGCAAAGAUUUCUACAAGUGCGCCUGCUCGGACUCGAACAGCAGCUUGGACUCGGGAAGUAGUAACGAAGGAGCGGCCGCAAAUUACAAGCAGGGCAAGUCCAACAGCUGCGAGUGCAUUGGGGGCGGCGGGGGUGGUCAGCAGAACAAUAACAAUGUCAUUUCGGACAACUGCUACUACAGCGAGCCGAACAUUGAACAUCUGGACGAGUUUAAUGGGAAUGUUGGGGUGGGGGCGGCUGCGGCUGCGGCUGGGGAGAAGGUCGUCAAGUCGGUUUGGAGCAAGGAGAAGAAGCCGAAGAGUAGCUGCUUGAAGAAGACGAAGCGGAACAUGAUGUACACAAACGUGGUGGUACCGGAGUACGAUCUGACGAAGAAGGUGAAGAAGUUUAACGUGCACCAUAGGUCGGUGAUUGAUAAUAGCAAGAUGAUCUUCGGGUCGUUGAAGGAUAUCUUUGGGAUUUCGCUGCCGGAGAGGGGGGUUCCGGAGGGUUCGGAAGAUUUGUCUACGGUGCGGGAGUGCAUUCCGGAGUCGAACGAUCCGAUGAUUGACGACUUUACCGUGGUGCAGAAGCCGAAGAACUUCCUGUCGAAGAGUUUGGACGGGGGGUUUGGGGGUGGGGGUUCUAAGGCGAAGGGGAACGUCAAGAAGUACGUGCACAACGUGGACCAGCAGCUGCGUCGGAAGAACGAUGAGGAUUUGUACGCGCCGAGCAGGAAGAACAGCGUUGAGGAGGAGGAGAAGCGGGUGGAGGAGGAGGAGGAAGUUGUGGUUCAGAAGCCGAGCGAGUUGCCGUUGGCGGAGCAGCCCAAACCUGCGUACCGGAACAAGUACAUCAUCAACGGGGAGAGCACCGUGUUUGAGCAUACCGGAGUGUCGUACUGCUACGACGAGGAAGAGGGCAAGUCGCAGGCUACCGACGACGGCAUCGGAACUCCGAAGGACCUCCCGAUCGGGGAAUCUACCAGCGGUUCCUUCAUCGGCAAAACGCAAAUCAAGAAGAAGCUUUCGAACAUUUUCCAGAAGAUGAACGUAAUUGGGUCGAACGCGACGACCCCGUCGCCGUCCGCGGCGCAGGCUCCGACCCCGUUGCCCCCGGUUCCUCUGCUGAGUCGUAGCGGCGGCGAUGGAGCGCUGGAAGAACCGAAAGGGGUCGAGCAGCCAACCCGGAUGGAGAGCAGCACCAUUUCUUCGUGCGGAAGUGACCACAGCUCGUCGGUGCUGUCCGAGUCCAAGGGAGGUGGGACAACUUCGCGUGAAACCAGCAAUCGCGAGCCCAGCUCGCCGCGGAGUUCCUCCAAGAACCGCCAUCUGGCGUCCCCGAUGCGGAAGAAGUCGCUCACGACGCGGCUCGAGCCGAACUCCUCGCGGGCCCGCAUGAGUCCGGACCUGUUCAACCCGGCGGCCGCAGGGCGCCACCAUCUGGUGACCCUGGCGGACGAGUUUGACGACAUUUUGACGGUGACCACCAGCAACGAGACAGACAAGGACAGCUCGAACGACUUGGUCAUUCUGGACUACCCGUCGACGAGCAGCACGCCGACGCCUGACGGCGGAGAGGUUCCCGGGGAGAAAGUCAGUCCGUUCGUGGUGCCGUCGUCGCGACGGUACAACCCGAUGACGGCGUCCACCAGUUCGGCAUCGACGUCGAAGAGUUCGUUGAUCAACCGGUUCUUGCGGAACGUCACCCAGAAGAAGAUUCUGGAGGCGACCAUCAAGCAGAACAGCUUCUUCCAGGGCAAGUUGAGCACCGAGCGGAAGCUGUUUGAGAGUCUCGUGCCGAAGGGGGUGAAGGCGCUGAACCGGGACCUGAUUGAAGAUCUGAACGCGGAGAUCGCGAUGGAGAUCGAGCUGAGCUCGUCGGCUUGCCAGCUGGACCGGGUUCAGCUGAACGAGGCCCACCUGGACCAGGGCGGGUACGGACUGUCGCUCGGGGAGAUCAAGUUCGACGGGGGUGGCGUUGGGGUAGGCGAAAUUCCGGUGGACGUCUUCAACGGGAACCGGUUGCACAUCUUCCGGAACGAGAACGAGGUGCUGAUGAAGGCGUUCAAGCUGUACAACGGGUACUCCCGGGAGGGGUACAUGACGCCGGUGCUGGUUCUUCUAACCGACAAAACGCUCUACGUGACGGAUCAGGUGCAGAACCGGCUCUGCAACAAGUUUGUUCUGCCGUACUCGGAGCUGGACGUCAUCCUGGUUGGUCCGUACGGAAAUACCGUCCUGCUGAGCAACUCUGCACGAGACAUGCAGCAGGUGCUGCUCGCCGGAGGUCCCUACCCGGCGGAUGGCCUGGUCUCCAGCUUGGAACUGUGCGCUCGACGGGGAGGAUCCGUUUUACCAGCUAUCGGACAACUAACCCUGGACCAUCUAGCCCCGCUGCAAGCCUUCGUACGGGAUAACUCCAACGUGAGUCGAGAGGACAUCUGGAAGUACUACGCCGUGGUCAACGUGCCCGCUGGAACUCUUGGUGGCGAGGAGGAACCUCUGGGACCGCACAUCAAGGGACCUCUCAUGCACCGGCGGAUGUCCCACGCCGGCUUCGUGGACCACUGGUCCGCCGGAUACUUUUUACUCAAGGCCGGAGUCCUGUACCUGUUCGGGGACGCCAGCCAGAAGCUUCCAACCUGGGCCGUCGCACUCGCCGAGUGCCAAGGCGCCCGCCGCUCGCUCAACUCCGGCCGACCGUACUGCUUCGAGCUGCUGCUGCGCACCGGCGCACUCCAGCUGGCCGCUCCCGACGAGUACGUCGCGUCGGACUGGCUCCAGGCGCUGGUUCAAGCGGCAAGCGGGGUAAGAUCCUCAACCUUAAUCCCUCCUUUCAAAAUCGCUAAUCAUCCAACCUUCCAGCUCUUCGAGCUCCAGGAACGCCGCCGGACGCUCGGCUGCACGCUCAUCAUGACCUCGAACCACCUGCUCACGCUGCGCGAGGACUUUAGCGCUCCGCUGCGCCGGUCAACCGGCGCAGGAGGUCACUCCAGCGCCAACUCCAGCUUGAUGCUGUCCCCGGCGAAGGAGAACGUCAACCCGAACGCGCAGCUUCCCGGUGGAGCAUCCAGAAAGCUCAGCAAUUCCAACGUUCUGGACACGUCGUCGGAGAUAAGUUCGAUCCGCUCGACGGGCAGCACGCCGACGCGGUUCAACAGCGACCGGCGCUCCAACUCGACGACGAGUACGCCGACCAGGGGUGCCGCCAACCUGCAGUCCCCGGCGCGGAGCUACCGGCCCGGCUCGUCGAUUGACGCCAUCAUUGGGACCGCCGGGGACGACCGGAGCCACACCAACAUGAGCAGCUUCUACGGGAAGAACUCGGGCGUGGAGGUGCUGACGUGCGCGAGCAUCGACGAGAUGAGCGCCGUCAAGAUUCCGGCCAUCUCGUCGAAUUGGUGGUGCAUUCUGGAAUUCGAAUGCCAAGAGGUGCGGGAGAACUCGGACGACCUGGUGGUGUUCUUCUCAACCAGUUCCGAGCAGGAACGGUUCCUGUCGAUGCUGGAGUCCAUCUGGCACUCGAAGAAGGAGGACCCCUUCCCGGCGUCCAUCAUGACCAGCGGGGACGACCUGUACCAGCACUGUUCGAAGCUGUUCCUCGAGAUCAACCGGUCGUGGGAACCGCUGCUGACGGCCGCCCUCGGUUAUCCGCAGUAAGAUAGUAAGA